GGCGUUACCUUUUGGAAUGGGCUUCCGGAAAAGGCUCACCUAACCACCGUUGCCCUUGAGCUUCACGAUGCGAGCGUCCGGACGGUGAUGCCAACCCGUGGCAGCGCGCACCCGGGGUCCCAGCGCGCCGCCUUCGCGCGCCUCGCUGCUUGGGCGUGACUGCUUCCUCGCCGCACCGCUGCUCCUCGUCCCCUGCUCGUUUCGGCGGCGGGCGCGGGGGGGAGGUGAGAACGAGAAAGCCUUUUCACAGGACGGCGGGGCCUCUCCGAAUUCCUCUGGCCUCCCGAUCGGUUCUCUGCGUCUGCAGGAAAGGCUAUUCGCGGACACCACCGAAGGUCCGGGAUGCCGUCCGAGCCUUUGAGACUGCCCGCCCCGUCGGGCUUCCCCGCUGGGCUCGCCGCCGACCCUUCUUCGGUGUUGGUCAGGCGACGGUCCUCGUGGUGCAGGGCCGAAAAACCGAAGCUGCUCUGCGCAUGCUGGCUCCUGUUUCGAAGAAGAGCACAGCAGAACACAUAACCUUCUGGCGCUCCGAGGGGAUUUCUUGGUUCCGCGCUGGGCCCCCCCCGGCUCCGGCGCCGCCCCUGGCGCGCUCCGCGCGCCAGGGAGGGGUGUCCAUCGCGGAUCCAAGACACCCGCAUGUUUAUGGCGUUUGUUUCAUGCUCACUCCUGCUGCUGCUGGUGCUGAUCCUCCUCCUCUUCCGCAAUCAGCACCCAUGCACCGCCGCCAUGCCUGAUCAGCAGUGGCCGUCUUGAGCCCCGUGCCCUGGCCCAGUGCUCAGGGUGGCCCUUGCCAGGCACGGUGGCGGUGUAGAAGUGCCUUCUGCGUAAGAUGUGCGCAUGAUUAUACAUUGCGGACGUCCCGAGACCGUUUGAACCUUUGCGGGCAGCUUUUGGGGCAUAAGAGUCGUGGUCGUCGUCCUCGUCGUCGUCGUCGUCGUCGUCGUUCUCGUCAUCGUCGUCGUCGAGAACUUCAGGGCCAGCGCAUGGAAAGAGCACGAUGGACGCUGGCGGUCUGGGCGCGUGGCCCUUCGUACUCUGCAGACGUGCUCGGGCGGUUCCACAUCCCUCCCUCCCUGUCCCAGGGAUGUGGGGGAAGGGGACCUGGCGCGAGCGGAGCAGCCGUCCUGGGACGAUCGCAUGUCAUGUACUUUCGUAGUGGCUUCUGCCGCCCUCCUAGAAGAGUUCGGCGCGGGCACGGUGAGCGCCUCCACGCAGGGGCUGGGCCACGAUUGGGUGUCGAAGCAGGGCAGCAUGUCCGUAGUGGAGUGCGAAGACCAGAUCGUAUCGCAGAUCCUGGCCCCUCCUGCAUUCAGCACGGACGUGUACAUGAGCGAAAUGAGCGGACAGAGCAUCUCUGUCCGUGACAGCGUCGUGGACGGCAUCAAUGACAGUUGGGACAGGGAGGAACGCGUGCUCCACCAGCUCCGCCGGCAGGUCGGAACGAAGCUCUCGUCGAAGAGUCGGUCCGAUAUCUUGGAGUCGAGGAGGUUGGCAAAGCCUCCCAGGGUGUUCUUCUGGCUGCGAUGGCUGAUGAGCAAGCCGCAGUACGAGCUGGGAUGGGCGGUCCUCAUCGUCAGCAACCUUGUCUGUAUGAUCCUGGAGGAGGAGUACAGGGGCAUGCGUCGCGGCUACGAGCUUGGCGACAUAUACGUGAAUUAUGGUUCGCCUGAGUACUCCAACACGUGGUGGCCUGGAGCCGACACUGCGUUUUACCUUAUGGAAUGUCUCUUCGCCGGGUUUUUCACUCUGGAGCAGGUCAUCACGAUAUCGUACGACGUGGCGUGUGCGCUCGCGGAUUGGCCCACCCACCGGACUCCCUUCUGGAGAGACCCGCUGGACUUCUUGGAUAUGUUGAUCGUAAUAUGCUCCGACGUGUCGCUGUGUCUCGGCAUGGUGGACGCGACGAUCAACAUACAGCUCUUCCGGAUUUUGCGUCUAGCCAGGCUCCUCAGGUUGCUUCGGCUGUUGAGGAAGAUUAACCAGUUCGACCCGUUGCACCUCAUGGCGACCGCCAUCAAGGGAAGCAUGGGCGCUCUGAUGUUCUCCAGCAUCCUCUUAAUCACGGUGCUUACACUGUUCGCGAUGGUGCUCACGAACGCACUAAGGGCCGCAUACUUGGGAGACAAUUCCCCCCUACAGCUCGAGAAACAGCGAGAGCUCUUCAGGUAUUUCGGCACUUACUCUCGGUCGAUGCUCUCCAUGUUCGAACUCGCCCUCGCAAAUUGGCCAACGGUCACUCGGUUCAUGGUCGAGGAGCUGAACGAGUUCUUCGGACCCGUCUGCAUCCUAUGGAAGUUGUCGGUCGGUUUUGCCGUGGUCGGCGUGAUCAACGGCGUAUUCAUUAGGGAGACGUUCUCCGUGGCAGAGAACGACGAGUUCAUAAUGUACAGAAGCAGAAUGCGGCAGGUCCUCCAGCACAGGGACCGCAUGACCCGCCUAUUCCAGCUUGCGGACAGGAACUCGGACGGGGUGGUCGACAGGAGGGAGUUCCGCCGUGUCUUCGAGAAACCCGCGAUCAAAGCUUGGCUGGAGGCCAUGGAGCUGCGCUGCGACGACGCCGACACGCUGUUCGUUUUAAUUGCGGGCUCUGAGAACGGCGUGAUCACCCAAGACGAGCUGAUCAACGGCAUUGCCCAGCUAAAGGGGCCGGCCAGGAACAUCGAUUUGCAACAAUUGUUACACAGCCGGGAUGCCAGCGAGGCUAUGCGUCCCAGGAGAUCUUUGGCCAGCAGGAAGUAUGUGAGUCCCAAGAGAUCGUUCCGCUGAGGUGCUCAGACAGGUUGGCUAACGCUGCCCCACCUUGGCCUCGUCUUCUUCCUCCGCACCUCCACGUGUGGGAAGACUGAUCUGAGAAGGAUCGGUCCUACGACGAUUUUGGCAGUUUGUUUCCUGCCUGUGUUCCCAACGGUUCACUCCACCGUUGUUGUUUAAGCGCGAAAGCACGCCUCUGAAUUGGCUCUUUUUCCAGCUGGUAGUGUUGAGCGCCCUACAUCACCACCUCCCCUCCCCAUGCUUCUACUGCUACGACACUUGAAACAAGCGCAGCGCUGACGAACGUGCUCCUUCUCAGUCUCUCCGCUCCGUCGAUGUCUCCAAGACCGCAGCUGCGCAAAAAGGGGGGUGUUCCUCCUCUCCUUCUCUUCAUCAGUGUGGUGCUUCAGAUCCUGUAGGACGCGGCACGGCUGUUCAGCGACUCUUCAUGACAUGCAAGGCGAGC